AUGAUGGUCCUUUCGACCUUUCUCACCGCUUCGCUGCUGGCCCUGCGUCUCUUUAGUCUCGAGGCCGCAGCGAGUCCUGCACCGUCUCCGCAAGCCCAGGAUGGCUCCGACGGUAGCGUUACUGCUUCCGACUGGUGGUUCGCCAACAUUGAGCGCACUGGCGCUGUUCCUUUCGGCGCAGGUGGCGCCGACUACCCCGUCUUCCGCAACGUCAAGGACUACGGCGCUCUUGGUGACGGCACGACCGAUGACACCGUGGCUAUCAACGCUGCCAUCACUGACGGCGGCAACCGUUGUGGCCUUGGCUGCGACUCUAGCACCACCACCCCCGCCCUUGUUUACUUCCCUCCCGGAACCUACGUUGUCUCGAGCCCCAUUGUCCAAUAUUACUACACCCACAUGAUUGGCGAUCUCCAGGACAUCCCGACCAUCAAGUCGACCCCUGAUUUUGCUGGCAUGGCCGUCAUCGACGCCAACCCAUACAAUAACGAAGGCAACAACUGGUUCACCAACCAAAACAACUUCUUCCGUCAGAUUCGCAACUUCAAGAUCGAUAUCACUGCGCAGCCCAUGACGACUGGCACUGGCAUUCACUGGCAAGUCGCUCAAGCGACAUCGCUUCAAAACAUUGAAUUCUUCAUGGUAGAGGACCCAAGCGAGGCGAAUGUGCAGCAGGGUAUCUUCAUGGAGAACGGUUCCGGAGGCUUCAUGACCGACCUCAUCUUCCACGGCGGUAACUAUGGCGCCUUCUUUGGCAGCCAGCAAUUUACUGCCCGCAAUCUCGAGUUCAACAACUGCAAAACCGCCAUCUACCAGAUCUGGAACUGGAUCUGGAACUACCAUGGCCUCGUGGUCAAGAACUGUGGCGUUGGAAUCGACCUUACGUCGGGCGGCAAUUCUCAAACCGUCGGCUCUGUCAUUGUCCAGGACGCGACCUUUUCCGACACGCCAGUUGGCAUCUCUACCCUCUACGACCCAGGCCAGACCGGCACCAAUGGCACCCUGGUCAUUGACAAUGUCGACUUCUCCUCCAACGUUCCCGCUGCAGUGAAGAAUGGUGGAACCGGGGCCACCAUCCUUGAGGGAAACCAGGUGGUUGAGUCAUGGAUCCAGGGCCGCGCCUACUCUGGUUCCCAAGGCGAGGCUGUUCAGGGACCCAGGCCUGGGCCUAGCAAGCCUGCCGCCCUUCUCGACGACUCUGGCAAGAUGUUCACUCGCAGCAAGCCCCAAUACCUUGACGUCCCUACCUCCAAGUUUGUAUCUGUCAAGGCUGCCGGUGCGGUUGGCGACGGUCAGAGCGACGAUACCGCUGCGAUCCAGAAAACCCUUGACAACCUUGCCGAGGACGAGAUCGCCUUCUUCCCUCAUGGUGCAUAUAUCAUCACUGACACUGUCCGCGUCCCUGCCAACAUCAAGAUUGUCGGUGAAAUCUGGCCCAUGCUGAUGGCUGGUGGCGACACCAAUUUCCAGGACCAGGCCAACCCCAAGCCCAUGCUUCAGGUCGGCCAGCCCGGCGAUGUUGGCAAUGUUGAGAUUUCCGACUUCAUGAUUGAGACCAAGGGGCCCCAGCCUGGUGCUAUCCUCAUGGAGUGGAACGUCGAGGGCGCCUCCAAGGGCUCCGCUGGCCUGUGGGAUGUUCACUUCCGGGUCGGCGGCUCCGCUGGCACUGACCUCCAGUCGGACAAGUGCUCCAAGACACCCAAGCAAACGACCCCCGCCGACCCGGAGUGCAUUGGCGCGUUCAUGCUCAUGCACGUGACCAAGUCCUCCAGCAUCUACAUGGAGAACACGUGGUUGUGGGUGUCUGACCACGAGCUCGACCGCAGUGACUUCAACCAGAUCAACAUCUACAACGGUCGCGGUAUCUUGAUCGAGUCGACCAAGGGUGCGUGGCUGUGGGGAACUGCGUCCGAGCACAAUGUUCUGUACAACUACCAUCUGCAGGGCGCUCAGAAUGUGUACAUGACCGUCAUCCAGACCGAGACUGCCUAUUUCCAGGGGAACCCCGACGCGACCGUCCCCUUCGACACCAACCCCGACUUCUACGACCCCGACUGGGCGCACUGCGACAGCGACCGCUGCCGCAAGACAUGGGGCCUGCGUGUGGUCGACUCGAGCGACGUCCUCUUCUACGGCGGAGGCAUGUACAGUUUCUUUGAGAACUACACUCAAGAAUGUCUCGACACGGAGGAUUGCCAGGAGAACAUGGUCGACAUUGUCAACUCGGACAUUAAGAUGUAUGGUGUCAGCACCAAGGCUAGUGUCAAUAUCAUCUCGGCCAAUGGCGAGGGUCUCAUGACGCACUUGCCCGAUAAUGAGAGUGUGUUCUGCGCUUCCCUGGCGUUCUUCGAGAUGUCUGGGUCGGCAUGA